AUGGACGAGGAAAUUAAUUACGAGCUGGGCGAGCACAAUUUGGAUAUUCCUGAUGACUUAUCGUUCGUGGACGGUCUGCUUAAGGCCCGUGGCUUGGAGGCGGGACCGCAGACUCGUAGCGGUAUACUGGAUCUGAUUUACACCUUAGCAAGGGACAAACUGGUGGAGGCCCAAACCUUCGCCCAGCUGGCGAACCGCACCACCGUGACUGUCGAGGAUAUGCAGAUGAUGAUGCUGAGGAAGACCCGCAAGCUAAGGAAGAGCAAGACACCGAGCGCGCGUUCGAUGAAGCUAAUAGCCAAAAAAGUCAGCCAGGAUUACCUGCCCGAUCCGCGUUCGGAGGAGGGAUCAAUGCUGCCCACCUGGCGCAACUGUCAGGUGGGCGUGAUGGCCGAGCUGGCGGGCGAGCUCAAAAUGAAAACACCGGUUGCACCACCUGCUGCCACUUCCGAUGCUGACAUCUUAACUUCAAUUGCAGAGGUGUUCUUUACCUAA